CGGCAAAACAACACAACCAAAAAUCGGGAGGAGCUGUUUUAAUCCAACUCUAACUCUAACGCAGCCCGGAACCCUCAUCUUUCUCUAUAAAUAGCAAGCCAGAACCUGCGUUUUCUUCACCCCAAAAUCUGCGAAAUAUACAUAUAUACGUAUAUAUAUAUAUUUUUUCGACCCACCGUUUUAGCCAGAAACAAGCCCUGAAAAUACUUCUCAAACCUUCCCCUUCGUGAUACGAAUCCAACGGAAAAAGAAUCGUCGAAAACGGUCGUGAAACGAGGGAGAAAGAGCUCGCCGGAGUUUCGCCGGGGAAAAACUUUUCAACGGAAAACGGAGAGGAGCGAGGAGCUGCCGCUGCCGCCAACCCACCACCGACAUUCGCCGUCCCAAACGGAGCCAAUAGCACCGUCGUUUCGCUCGUCCGACGAGGUGAUUAUCUAGAGACCGGAUUAGAGGAGGAUAACUAGGAGCAUCAGGACUUAAGAGUCAUGCCGCCGAGAAGAGACAUCCAUGCGACCCUAACUGUCGACGAGCUGGCCCAAACUGUCCAGCGAAUGGCGCAGCUCAUCGGAGCAGCUCAACCCCAAAACCCUAGGAUCGACUACGCAACAAAGGUAGCCGGACGGAACCCUCCAAAAUACUUGGGCGAGGAGGAGCACCUUAUCUUGGAGGACUGGAUCCGCACUUUCGACAAGCUCUUUGAUUCACUGAAUUGCCCGUCGGAGCAACGGGUAAAUAUUACGGUGUAUUAUCUGCACCAAGAAGCGGACCACUGGUGGGCCGCCAACGGACCAGCACUUCUCGGGCAACCGGGCUUCGAUUGGGAGGACUUCAUAGUAGCGUUGCGGGAUCGCUUCUACCCAGAUCACGUGAAGGAAGCAAAUUAUGAAGAAUUUGUCAGCUUUAAACAAGGUGACCUGACUGUUCAGGAGUACCACACGAAAUUCGUUCAACUGGCACGAUUUGCCAAGGACCCGGUGUCGACAGAGGCAAGUAUGACCCGCAGGUUUGUUAACGGGCUUAACUUCGGGGCCCAAAAGUUCGUGACGGUAGCAGAGCCGCGGAAUUUGAAUGAGGCUUAUAGAAAGGCUAGUAAGUACUACCUGGUACACCAGAAGGAAAGGGAGGCACACAAAAGAGACCGAAAGAAUGCGGAAGUGGAACAGCAACAGAAGAAGGCCAAGAUUGAUCCCCUUGAGCAGCGCCAGAACAACCAAGGCGGAGGAAGAUUCCAAGGUCAAAAUCAGAGGAGGGAUCGUGAGAGGCACUAUUACCGCAAGCGUUGUAAUAGAGAUCACUCAGGCGUAAAUUGCGACGGAAGUCAAAUUAAAUGUUUCAAUUGCGACAAGCUAGGACACCGAGCUUUUGAAUGCAAUUCCAAAAAGGCG